CAUGUCCACCACCGCAUGCCAAGUGGUGGGCUUCCUCCUGUCCAUCCUGGGCCUGGCGGGCUGCAUCGCUGCCACGGGGAUGGACAUGUGGAGCACCCAGGACCUGUAUGACAAUCCCGUCACCGCCGUGUUCCAGUACGAAGGGCUUUGGCAGAGCUGCGUGAGACAGAGCUCAGGGUUCACGGAGUGCCGGCCCUAUUUCACCAUCCUGGGCCUUCCAGCCAUGCUGCAGGCGGUGCGAGCCCUAAUGAUUGUGGGGAUCGUCCUGGGCGUCAUUGGCAUCCUGGUGUCCAUCUUCGCCCUGAAGUGUAUCCGCAUUGGUAGCAUGGAGGACUCCGCCAAGGCCAAAAUGACGCUGACCUCCGGGAUCAUGUUCAUUAUUUCAGGUCUUUGUGCCAUCGCCGGAGUGUCUGUGUUUGCCAACAUGCUGGUUACUAACUUCUGGAUGUCUACAGCCAACAUGUUCACCGGCAUGGGUGGGAUGGUGCAAACUGUUCAAACCAGGUACACCUUCGGUUCGGCUCUGUUUGUGGGCUGGGUCGCUGGAGGCCUCACGCUAAUUGGAGGUGUGAUGAUGUGCAUUGCCUGCCGGGGCCUGGUGCCUGAGGAAACCAACUACAAAGCCGUGUCUUAUCAUGCCUCAGGUCCCAAUGUGGCCUACAAGCAUGGAGGCUUCAAGGCUAGCACUGGCUUUGGGCCCAGCACCCAAAACAAGAAGAUAUAUGAUGGGGGUGCCCGCACAGAGGACGAAGUACAAUCUCAUCCUUCCAAGUAUGACUACGUGUAGUACUCCAAGACACCUUGGCA